AUGGAGACUGAGCUGAACAGACUCGUCUCGGCUUUGUGUACUUCUGCGUCUGUACUCCAAGGUGCUCUCAACGAUGAGAAUGUGCCCAGCUUCAGGAGCGAUGACCCUUCUCCCCAUCCCUGUGAUGGUGGUAUUCCCCCUCCAUCGGCCUGGUACGCUCGCAAGGCACUAGUCGGCCUCUGUCAUCAGAUCAUUGCACUGGUACAGGAUCCCCUGGAGCGGUCUAUCAUUGACUUCACCAGCUUCAAUGUAUCCUCAUCCAUCAAUGCGGUGACAAGAACUCGACCGACUGUUGCAGAGGUUGUCCUCUCCACUGGAUCCAAGGGCAUUGCCAUGAAGAAUUUGGCUGAGAAUACAGGACUGAACGAGACGAAGUUAUGCACCGCAGCAGCUUCUAUGCUAGGGGAGGCUGCAAAGACACCCUCUGAUAGCCAACACUCUUCCCCAUUUGCGUUAUAUCAUCACAUCGAAUUGUACGAUUGGGUCAAGGCACAUCCUGAGCAGAUAAGGCCCUUCGGGCGGGCAAUGGAUACUGCUGAGAAAAUCUUAGAUCCAGGCUUCGUGCUCGAUUUGCCUGUUCAAGACCUUGGCCCGAAAGUUACGCUCGUUGAUGUUGGAUCGGGUGUCGGAGGACUGUCCAUGCAGCUCAUGAAACGGAACCCUGGUUGGAAGCUUGUCUUACAAGACCAGCAGGUCCUCAUUCCGCAGAUGGAAGCUUUCUGGAAGAAAGAUGUGCCGGAAAUUGUGGAGUCAGGUAGAGUCACUUUCCUUGGGCACAGCUUCUUCGAACCUGCUCCCCUGCCGCCGGCUCCCGAAGAUAGUCCAUAUGUCUUCAUGAUCAAGAGUGUUCUUCAUAAUUGGCCUGACGAUCUUGCGGCUAAGAUCCUCGAGAACCUGUUACCCGCAGCACCUCCAGGGACGGUUCUGAUGAUCGUGAACUAUACCCCAGCUGAACCGGAGCCGUCUAAGACGACAGUGGAAGAAUUCUUCCGGCGUAUCGAUAAGCACAGCAUGGCAGAGAUCCAGGAAGCGAAGAUCCCCCUCCCUGAUCUUUUGGGUGUCGGAUGGGGCUUCGGCGAUGCUUCGGGUAUGCACAUUGCGCUCUAG